CACCAUCGAAGAAGGGAGAUAAUCAAGGAAAAGCACACCUGUUAAUUUUCUUUUCGCUAUCAAAAUGAAUACGUUUUUGUCUCGCCUUAAUACAAUAUUUGCUUUCACAUUAAGUGUGAUGGCAGCGUUAACAUUCUUUUGCUUUUUAACCACUGCAUUUAAUUUGCAUAAACAACCAAUAACUUUAAAAACAGGAAAAGUUACAGUCAAAAAUGUUCCUGACUAUUCACAAGACAGAGAAAAGAGUGAUCUUGCAUUUGUUGUGUUUGAUAUGCAAGCUGAUUUAGAACCAUUAUUCAACUGGAAUGUCAAGCAGUUAUUUUUGUACUUGACUGCAGAAUAUGAAACAAAAGAUCAUGCAUUGAACCAGGUGGUUUUGUGGGAUAAGAUCAUACAGAGAGGAGAUGGUGCCAUUUUGGAUCUUUCCAACUCCAACACAAAGUACUAUUUCUGGGAUUAUGGAAAUGGAUUGAAAGGCAACAAGAAUGUGACCCUGUCUUUGUCCUGGAAUGUGAUUCCCAAUGCAGGAACACUGCCCAAAAUACGUGGUGAUGGAUCACACACAUUUCAAUUUCCAGAUCAGUACACACCAGGACGCUUUUAGAUGUGCAUUCUUGGAAUACUACAAACAGAGCAACAUACUGAAGAUUCAUUUUUUUUUUUAUGAUUUUGUAGUGCAAAUACGUAUUUAAAAUAAUCAAAACAGGUGUAAUGAAAAUAUUUUGAAAUAUUACUAAACAUUGUGUGUUCUUAGGAACAAAAUUUAUUGUCAUAACACAAAUGUCCAUUAUGUUUAGUAGGAAAUGGUUUGAAAAAGGAAAUCAGUAUGACAAUCACUUCAUUGUAAUUUGUUUACGUAUUUUUGCACAAAUGUCAUACGAUUCUUAAAUUGAAAAUGAAUUCCUGACUGAACAUACACUGAAAUCGCUUGACUGUUUAAGGGUGCCAAUUCUUUAUUCACAUGAAGACACUUCUCUUAAAAGCUAUGACAAGGUUUUAAAAAAUAUAUUAUGCAAACAUAAUUUUAAUUUUAUUAUCGUACAUUUAUUUCAAUAACUCAGUAGUUAAAUAACUAACAUUUUAAAUAAAAUAAUUUUGACUUUAUGAAUACCAGACAAUAAUCUUGUUUGACUAUUGGUUAUCUGAUGAAUCUAGAAGAAUUUGAAUCUCUGUCCUUCAGGGUUUUUAAAACAUUUUGUCACAUUAACUCUACACUAUUCUUUAUGCACAAAUAAAAAUGUUCUGUAUUUUAGAGAAUCAAGAUUUAGCAUAUUCAUUCUAAUUAGUAAAUUUGUUUUCAUUACCGUAUCUGAGCAAUGUGAUGCCGGUUAUAAAAUUACAUCACACACACACAUAUUAUCUGCUUGAACAACAAUUCUUUUCUGUUUCUUUUUUAUUAUAAGAAUACUUUUUCAAAUAGACCUACAUUCAUUUCAGCCUGACAGUUCUACAUAUACACAAAACAACUUAAAACAUUGUUAAAAUUGUUUUUUGUAUGCUCAUUGUAUUGUUACGAUGAAUAAGUACUGUGCAUGAAUGAGUGUUUGGAUGUUUUGAGAUUUAUACAUAUUGUAGUAAACAAAUAUUUGCAUUGUUAUUAAUAGCGAUGUGCCUUCAGGACCAACAGAGCAAAUAAUCUAAUUAGUUAACCAACAUAAAUUACACAACUGCUUGUUGUCAGUGUGUUAAGGGUUCAUUUGUUGUAUGUGACAUCAGUUGUGACGUGAACAUUUAAAAUUGUGUUAAAUGCAUUGUAUUCUUCAUUGGUAAAUGACACUUAUGUUUUAACCAAUAUUUGUUUAUGUUAUUUAUAAUGUUAAAAUAUUAUCAAAUGUUACUGUCAUUGCUAGUUAGAUUGUAAUACAAUCAUACUUCCUGGAGUUCCUUCAAAAGAUCUGACAUAACCCAGUAUAAUCCCAUGUCCAGAUGACAUUUCAUUUGACCAAUCCAAACAAAAUCAUUCCAGCAGUUGAAAACAUUUCGAAUUAUUCUGUGUGCAUUCAGAAUAAUUCAACAAACAAAAUUACUAAAAAUAAUUGAAAUUUAAAUGAAUAUGAUAACUUGGAUAUGAUGAAUAGAACAUUUGAAAUAUUCUUAGAAACAGUUAUUGAUAUGUUAAAAAUAAGAAAUAAAAACAUUUCGCCAUCUCACAAAGGUACAUUGAUUUUGUUUCAUGUAAAAUACAAUAAUUAUUACAGAGAUAAAAAAGUAAGGUUCCCAGGCCUCUACAUACCCUUACAUUGUGAGCCACACAGUUGUUUUCUUAUCAUACAUGGUGUUAGGUUAUAUAUUCACAUACAUCAUGAUCCCUUGAGGUUUUAAAAGGGGAGAAUCGGGGCAUAAGGAUCCAACUCAUGAAAAGGGUUUCUCCUUUUGUUCACUUCAUUUGUCUUUGUUUACAAAUCUUAAUUUAUUAAAUUGGUCAUCUUGGCUGUAUGACUUUGUAUUUGAAAAAUGUAGGGAGAGGCCUUAAUAUAGGCUCAUGCCUGUUGGCCGAUCCCAAAACCACAUAUUUAAUGGUUAAUAAGACAUUUAUUUAACUUGAAGAACAGGACACUUUAAUAUAUUUAUCUGCCUCUGAGAAUUGCUAUAUAAUUAAUUGUGGAAUGUAAAAUACAAAGGCUAAUUUUUUAAUGAUUUUGCAUCAUUUUAAGAAUGUUUCUCCAAUAAAUAAUGGAACACUUGAGAUUGUUUACUGCUUUCUACAUUGGUUCUAGUGUUGGGAUUGUUUAUCUUCCCCUACUAUAAACAUUUUGUUGGUUGAUAUUUUAAUAUUUUUACAGAACAAUAUGGGAAUACGAGUUAUAUUGUAUCUGAUUGAAAAUCCAGGCAGUAUUAUUUUUUUAUUGUUGUCAUAGAAAUUAUACACAUCUCUUCGCUCGUUUUCAUUUCCACAGUAUGUUUGUAAUCAUUCUCAUUAAAAAGUAGAAUUUGUAGAUUUACAAUUCAUUGCAUUAAACAUGGAUUAGAUUUCAGCUUAGUUGAAGAUUUGCCUGAGGUAAUAAACAUUAAUUUAAAAUAUACUUUUUUUUACUAGCACUUUUCAAUUAAACCCCAUGCAAAAUAGUAGUUUUUGUGAAAUGGAUACACUGCAUAUUAUUGAAAUUCAUUUGGAGGAUACUGAUACUGUUAGCUGUCCUGUUUAUGAAGAGCAUGCCAUCCCUGUAUCACAUUUGUCAUCCCAUCCUGCCACAUUGUAAUGUACAUACAAUGUUUUACCCUAGAGUACUCUCAAAAUAAGCUACAUAAGUACAUCAAAAAGAUUGUAGACUGUAGAAAUAAAUUUACCUCACAAUUAUUGUGUUGAACAGCGACUUGUAUAGAAUACAUUGAGUUUCUCUACAUUGUCCAAAUGUCCCGUGUAUUAGUGUUAUUGAAAAACAAGACAUAGUACACAUUGGAGGGUGGGGAUGGAUGAGGGAUAGGCCUGCUCUGUCAAAACAUUCCCACUGUAAAUGUCAUCAAUGUGUGCAUAAAUAUUAUUUGCAAGUGA